AAAAAAAAUUGAUGUCAUUGCCAGCAUCUAUUGUCGCAACUCAGCAUUAGCUAAUAAACUGCCACUAUAAAAGAAGUGCGGUUCACUGUAGAAAUAACAGAUUAGAAUCUGAAUUACAGAUAAGAGCUGAAGACAAGUGCACUACAACAUCCAAGAAAGAUGAAGACUGCGACCCUUUUGUGCCUCUGUUUCUUAACUUUCAGUUACAGUUUGGCAGCCAGCUCUGUGGAGGAUGUGUACGAAUAUCUGUGGGAGAAGAAUAAAGACAUCGCCAAUGCGACACUCGGGACUGACUUCUUGAUACAAAUGCAGAACGGCAGCCUGCAAGCGGAGCGGUACAUCAGCUUCACCAUCCAGGACAUCAACUACGUACUGAACGUGGCGGAAAUGCUGAAAGAAAUGAGUGUAAAAGUAACUCAACCCAGUGACCUCAGGGACUUCAUGAAAGGCAGAUACUCAAGCUACAAACGUUUUGCAGACAUACUGCUUAAUCAGUAUUUUUUUAAGAGCGCUCCUUCCAUCCAGCCAACUCCAGCUAUGAGGAAGUAUCUGUCGUUCUACAGAAACCUGCUGGAAAAAGAAGAUCCGCUGUACUUUGCUGUGGGUCUCCUGCCCUGCUCCAGACUCUGGGUGUGGUUAGGUGAUACUCUCAGCAUACCUCCAACCAAUGCCUACUACACUUGGAAGGUGGACAAUAUGGGCGGCCAUCCUGAGAAACACUACAGAGCUCUGCUGAACAAGUAUCUGAACAAAACUGAUAAAGUGGCCAAGGCUAAUACUAUAUUCCGUGUACAGAUGCAGAAUGAGCAUGAUUUCUUCUCCUCAUCUUGAGUGGUUGAUGACGGGUUGUUAGAAAAGAAAUACUGUCAAAAUUUAUGAAAAAAAAAUCAUUUGAAAUGCUUUCAAAAUAUUGAUGGAUUUUUUUUUUUUUUUUUUUUUGCCUUUUAAGAUUAUGUAAUAAAAUGUAUUUAAUUAUUUUAAAAUAAUGAUUUCAUAUUUUAAGCAAGUCUACUGUAAGCAUGAAAAUCUGCAUGUUCACAGCCAAUUUAAACAAAAAUAUUGUGUCUGAAUAUUCAGUGUCACCCAACAACAAUAAAAAAUAUCAUCUAA